UCUGCGUUAUUUAUGCCUAAUUGCAUCGACCCCCGUUGGGUCGUCGUCAGUGCGCAAAUGAUCUCGUAAAGCUUCCGCGUGGAUUUAAUGGUGUUACAUUUCGUCGCUUUUUUCGAGAAGAGAUGUACGCGAGCUUCCCAUGCUGAAUUUAUUUGAUCAUCAUAAGAACUGAAAAUUGCAUCAUCAAACACAACUGACGCUCGCCACAACGCACACCAUAAGGACCAUUCACCGCAGACAUCGUUCAGCUUCAGCUUCAGUGAUGAUUAGCCGUAUAAGCAACAAAAUUUCGUGCUCUAGCCAAACGAUCCAACCGAAAUCCAGCUUGAAGUAGAUAGCUGCUCCCAAAAACCACACGCCACCCACAAAGAAGCAUGAUGAUGGAAUCAUCAUGUUGACUAGACGCGAAUAGUGCCACUAGUCACACCCUCUUCGCCGUUGCUACUUUUGAAAGUUACUGCUCCCGAAAGCUUUGUUACUGGCAGCUGCACGAAACUGCAACGGUGAUGGCAUAACGGGAGUGUCCGACAGACUGACAAACGGAGCCCGCCUUUCAAAUUUAGUGCAAGUGGCCACCCAGAUGAGACGGGAGCAGAUCUUCAAAUUUGGCUGCCACCACAACCACUCGACGAGAGACGUCGACCAAGCCAACGAAGAAGAAGAACCGGAGGACGACGAAGAAAAAUCUGCUGCCAGUAUUUAGUGCUCAAAAAGCUGCGAUAAAAUAAAACCGAAAAGAAAAAAAUCCAAAUAGCACAAAUUGAAACUGACAAGCUUAUCGCGCCAUCCAGCCAAUCUCAGAAGAAGAACGACAGACGGCAUCGCGACGAGUUUUGCAACAACGCCAUCUACAACGACUUCAACGAGUAUCAUCCCUUAGACACAGAGGGAGACAUUCAAAUCGAGAAGCAGUCAUCUCACCGUCAUCUUUCGUCAUCCUUUGCGGUAUCCGAGGACCUUAACUGCUACCGAGGACCAUUUCCGCUACUGGUGCCAUCGCUGCUUUCGCUUUGCUGUUGUUUGAAAUCGCAUCGAGAAGUGUGAAACUUAAGCACCAAGGUCGCCAUUUUUUUCUUAGGAUCUACGCGCCUCAUCGAGGGAAUUGCUUGCAGAAAUUAAUUUAUCGAUUCUGCGGAUCGGGCGGAAUUGUUCAUUAUUUGCUGCUGCUGCCUGACGCCUGGAGUUUCUUCUGCUUUGCAAAGCAGAACGCGACAAAGAAUCGUAAAUUUGUUUAAGAUUCCAGAACAUCAACAAUUCUCCAUCAUUGCGCUCUGCUACAACAGUCAGCAAACACAAGACACAACAGCACCAUCAUAUUCUUCGGCGUCAAGAGUGAACGAAAAAGAGAGUUCAACUUCCAUUUUUAAGUGAAGAGAGAGAAGAAGAAACAGCAAUUGGGUGGGUGGCUUUCGCAAAAAAAGAAACCAUUCCUACAGAAGAAGACAUGAAAACUGAACAUACUGUACUGCUGCAAUCACAAAAGCUUCCCAACGUGACGUGAAAAAGUGUAAAUCGUACAGCAGAACCGUGAGAAAUUUCGCCCUUAUUUCUUGGUUUUUGUUUGUUUAGUUGAUUCGAUCCGAAUCGGGGUUCCUUUCUUUCAUUCGUGAGCGUCAUUUCGUUUUUGCCAUGAAGAUGAGAUUGGGUUUCUCUAGUGUGGGAUACGUGAGGACGAGUUCUUGUAAAUUGGUGGGUAAAUAAAAAAAAGUGCUUCUUAUUGUAUGGUGCUAUUCGUUUGAUAAAAAGGGAGCAAAGUUCAAUUCAUACAAGAAAAAAGAUCAAAGUGAGGGGAGAUUAGUGGUGUUGGGUGAAGUGAGAGCAAUAGAAACGUUGCAAAGUUCAAGUGAUAGGAUUUAGAGGACAAAUCGAAGCUCGAGGCACGGAGAAGAAACAGAGUUCAAGAAAGUAAUCUUAAUUUUAAACACCCCCUUCUAUAAGAAUAUUAUGCCAAAGUGUUGGAAAAGAAAACCGACGGGCUAUGUUUGUGAUGCUGUCAGUUCGCACAACAGCCACCGUUCGUGAACGGCCAGCCGAAACGGUCAAGAAGGCAAUCAACAUAAACCAGCUGAUCAAGAAUCUGAACAACCGGAAGAACAAAAGCCAAAAGCAGAAGCAGAAAAUUGGUAACAGCAGCAGUAACAGCAUCAGCAGUAGCAGUAGCAACAACACCAACAGCCUCAACAACGCGACAGCAGUUGACCGUUGCGGCAAGAAGAGCAACAACCAAAUCUGUGGUGCCGAAAGUGACAGCCCAAGCGAUCAGAAGAAUCGACGGAGAGACAAGAACAGCUACCAAAAGACAACCGAAAAGACGACCGACAAGGCACCGAUAGCGAUCGCAACAGCAGCAGUGGCAGCAACGCCAACGCCGGUCAAGACGCCGCAUCGGACCACGUCGAACCACCCGAUUCCACAGCGACUAGGCCAGAUUCCGGAGGAGGACAAUAAGCAAGAGGAGGCGAACGCAGAGCCACAGCAGGAUCACCAGGAGAGCGCAAACCAGAACCAACCGGCACAGCAGUACCAACAGCAAACUCAGCAAGAGCAUCAGCAGUCACAGCAAGAACAGCAACAACACUCCAAGACCAAGUUUCUGCUGCCGGAGUUGAACAAUUUCAGGAAGCCACCGACAGUACAGGUACCAGUGGCGACCAUACUGAACGAUCUUAGCCCCGUGCCUGCGCCAGCCAAAGUCACGAAUAAAAUCUCCAACUCGAACCCUAUGAGUCCUAUGAACCCCGCCGGGCUACAAAGUAACUCGCCGGACGUUAAGGCCAUGCGGUACUACAGACUGUGGAUCUACACAUGCAACGCUGUGCUCUUGAUGGCGGUAAUUGUAUUCUGUGGCGUUGCGGGCAAAAUUCUACUCUCCGACUACAAGCGCUUGCUGGUGAACGGGCUCAGUCUGACGCAGCCGAGCUUCAUUUACGCGUACCUAGCGCUGCUGGUGCAAUCAGGUUUCUUACAACUGAUAGGGUGUCUUGGUGCCUUACGACUAUCGGAGAAAUUAUUAAACGCUUACUGGUUGCUUUUACUCGUAUUGUUAAUAGGGGACGCCAUGUUGGGCAUAUUUUGGAUGUUCAAGUUCGACCGGGUGAUGCACGAGCUGCAGCCGAUGCUGAAAUCUCGUCUAGCCAAUGAAUAUGGAAAUUCAAUCGAAUUAACCGAUCUCUGGGAUCGGCUGCAAAGCGAAGGACGAUGCUGCGGCGUCACUGGACCACAAGACUUCCCGAAUCUGGUGAAUCGAACCUACCCGGAUUCGUGCUGUGCGGCGGACAUUGCUGAGCAGAUCAGCAUAUCGCGAAGGCCGCUGGCGUCUGCCGUAGUCUACCGGAGCGAGGAGCUGGACGAAAUGACGACGACCAACCGCAACCUUAGUGAUAUCAGCGACGUGUGGAGUCUGAUAACGGCUCCCAGCAGCAGUAGCAAUAGUAUCGUGAUUGGUGGCAAUGGGAGUGGAAGUGGUGGAGGGAGCGGGAGUAGUAUAGGUGGUAGUAGUGGUAGCAGUGGGAGUGGUGGAAGUACGAGUGCCAUAAGCAGCAGUAGUAGCAGUUUGGGGAUUCGCAGCAGUAGCAGUAGGGGAGGGGGAGGUGACAGCGGAGCGGGCGUCAGGACGAUCGUGACGUGUCGAGCGGUAUAUCCACAGGGCUGCACCGAUCGAAUCGUAUCCUGGCUCCGGCACACGGCGGACAUUUUGUUCGUGCUGGGCUACUGUGUGAUAGCGUUUCUGAAGCUCUGCUUCCUUGGCAUUCUCCGGUACGAGAUCAAGGAGAUGAUUCAGAAAAUCAAACUGCUCCAAACGGAAAUGGCCGGGGCGAUCCUCAAUGGGGUCGAACAGGAACAGGUCCAACAGUUUACCUUGUUGCAGCAGGUAACGAGUACAUCGAUCAACGGGGGAAUCCACGCCGAGCCAAAAGUGGGCAAUCGAGAUCGGGAGCGGACGCGGAUAGAGGCUGCGGAAAGUGAGCGGGAAUCGCUGCUGAACACCCAGCAGGAGAACACCCCGAAGCUGCUCAAGCACAAACAGCUGUACACCUGUAUCAACGAGCAGCAGCACGUCUGCGGAAGUGGGAGUGGGAGUGGUGGAGCUACUUCCGGUGGCGGAAGUGGGGGAGGGGGAGGAGGCGGAGUUCCCGGAUGUGGCGGGUGUGAAUCCGAUACCAACUCGAACUGUGCCCUGAUAGUGGAGGAUAAUAAUACUUCGCUGCUGUCUUCCACGGCCGGCGCGACCAAGACAAUAAACGGCAACAACAACUACGAGCUGAGCGAGUUCGACAGUAAGGCGCCUACCUACAGGCUCCUGAACGCUCCGACGGUAACUAGGAUCUGACUACGGUAUUAUCUCGAGCAACUGUUUGGCGAUCGCUGGCGGAAAGCGAGACCAAACGCCCGAGCAGGAGGACGUAACGCCGGGACGGGAGCCGGAGUUGGCGGUGGCGAGGAUCUCCGGGGCCACACCUGUCAACAGCUGCAACAACAGCAAGAACAAUACCAACAGUUGCCGCAUCCUCUGCAGCUAAUGCAGCAGGACAGUGCCAGCAGUAGGGAAGGUCGAAGGAACAGUGCGGUGCCUCGGUUACAGAGCAUCACCGGGAGUAGUGUACUGAGCGGAAGUGGAGGCAGCAGCGGUGGAGUUCUGGACAGUGCUGGUCAAGAGGACGUUGAAGGAGAAGGUUGUGGGAGUACGACGGCAACGGCCGGCAGCAGUACCAGUAGUAACGAAGGUGUUGCCGGUGGUGGGAGGUCGAGUAGUUCAACCAGGCGCAAAUCCCGGAUAACGUACGAUCGGGAGCAGGGCGUUCGCUACUACCGAGGUACCGCCACGACCGACAGUAACGAUUGUGAUUGUGAAGAUAUCUGAAGACGACCUGUGCGGCGCACGACACAGAACGACACGUAACGUGUGCACGUGCGUGCAAAUGUGUGUGUGGGCGAGAGAGUGACUUAGAGAAAAAAUCCAAAACGAAUCAACUGUGAGAAAAUCGAAGCUGUGAACGUUAAGUUUUGUGCAAAGAUUUAUGUUUCCAAACGUACGCACCAAUUCAUCCCGUUAAAAUAAGUGAUCAUCAUUACCAUGUGUGGUCGGUGUCUCUCCGUGUUCCAGUACAACAUCGAUCGUCUUAAGUGACUCUUCACCCACUUAGCGGUUAAGAAGCGAGGGGAAAGGGUUCGAAAUGGCGCCGGUUCUCCAACGUAGUAAGUAAGUUAAGUUCCCACAUCGUCAGAGCCAUUCAGUGAUUGUAAAGAAGCAUAGCAGUU